AUGUGGACUUGUUCGAUUACGACAAAAACGAAAACUACUGAAUUGAUUUCUAACGCUCAUACAAUCGUUCGCGCAAGAGUAAUCGGCUAUGAAAAUCCUCCAGCUGAACCAAAUCAUCGAUACAUGGGUAUCCCAGAAUCAGUUAUCAAAUUCGAAAUCGAAGAACAGAUCAAAGGGGCUGAAAUCCUCCCAAAUAUACUUUGGGUCAAUGGAUAUUUGAGCAACAACGACGAUUAUAAUGAUCAUCCUCCACCAUACCGUCGUGUUCGACCCAAUGGACGCACUGGAAGUUGUAUUGCAAAUACCUAUAAACAGGGAGCUGAAUAUUUACUAUUUUUAAACGAUAGAUACUCGCCUUAUUGGGAUGCCUUGACGCCAGUGAAUGAACAACUUCAUUCGCCAUCGUCUGAAGACCGAUGGUUACGAUGGCAAGAUCUAACUGAACACAAAGUAGAACCAAAAAAUAAGGCUUUACACCAACAAAUUAAUGAUUGGGAAUGUGAUGCAAUUGAAAAAAUUCGACAAACGGCAGAGGAAGCAAGACAAAUUUUAGUGAAACGCAGCAAUGACAAUACAAUUUGUAUUGAAACUAAGUUUAGUAAAUUAACUGGUCAAUUGAGACGUGGUCGUCAAGAAAAUGAUUUUGAAGAAACAGAUUUAUCUCAAUGGAAAAGACAACUCAUUCAGUUAACUGAGGAAAUUAACAAUGCAUCAAAUAUUGCUAUUCGACAAGCUUCAACAACGCUUGUGAAUAAAAUUUCUGUUGAAAUAUUAACUUCCGGUGGUCGAGGACAAGAUAGUGGUUUAAAUCAAUUCAAUAGUCCUAGUUGCAUCUUCGUCAAUCAAGAUUAUUCAGUAUACAUAUCCGACGAGAAAAACCAUCGUGUAAUGAAGUGGAUAAAAGAUGCAACACAAGGAAUUAUCGUUGCUGGUGGCCAAGGCGAAGGAAACGAUCUAGCUCGAUUGUCUUGUCCUCGUGGAGUGAUAGUUGAUCCUUUCGGCACUGUCUAUGUGGCAGACACAAAGAACAAUCGAAUCGUGCGUUGGUCGAAAGAGGCGGAAGACGGUGCUGUGGUUGAUGGUGGAAAUAAUCAAGGAAGUCAACAAGCCCAACUAUAUUCUCCUCAAGGCCUAUCAUUUGAUCAACAAGGUAAUCUUUAUGUUACCGAUCGUCUUAACAAUCGAAUACAAAAAUUUGAUAUUGUCCCAAACUCCAGUUCGCAGUGA